AUGAGGAAGCUAUGGUCUCGUAGAGAGAAGCGAAACCCAUCAUCUUCUGAUCCAUCACCUCCUUCUACAUACAAUUUACCGGAGUCUAACCCUUCCUAUGAUAACACUUUGACUAAAGUAGGCUGGCUCAAUUUGGUCAAUGAUCCUCAAGAUUUAUCCUCCUUCAAAUUGGUUAGAGCAGAGUUAAAGGGUUCCCACUUGUUUAUCUUUAAGGCUCCCCAGGUUAAUGCCAAAUGUUUUCGAAUAGACCCUUCGCCACCACAAUCAAUCCCAAGCUCGCUAACCCCCAUAAUCAACCAACAAGCUCUGUUCAGAUCCACAACACAGAACCACCAAGGUAUCAAGAGUGCCCCGCUUCUCCAAGGAACUCAAACCAUCUCCACUGCACCUGUGGGACUCAACAUCCCCCUUACCAGAACAGAGUCACAUCAAUACUUGCAAUUGGGCGAUGGCGACGAGGACUACGACGGCGAAACUGUACGUGAUGACGCGUCCAUGAUGUCCGAUAUCCAUAAGUACCCUCCCCCUCCUAAGAUCUAUGGUAGUGGCGCUAACAGUAAUGGUUCUGGUUCCGUAUCUGGCUCGGGAAGUCGAAACGGGUCCAUCCAUUCAACUACAUCAUUAUCCAAAUCCAGCUCUCGACAAUCUGAAACGUCCAAUGCAAACAAUACUCAAUCAGGUUCGGGGGCCGUCCUUGAACCAAAUCCAAGGGCCUGGGAUGAAGCGGUAGUGGUCGAAGCAGAAACUCUCAAGACACAAGUAUCUACAACUUUGGAGUGGUACGAAGCAGCUACAAGCUCAAGUGCUUAUGUCUUACCUUUAGUUCCACACUUUGUGCCUCUACUUCGGGAAUUGGUUAGGAGAGUCCAACUUCAAACCGGUGAAAGAGGCGUGGAUGACAAAGCAGAAACCACUUCCACAACCACCAAUGAGACCGGUGGCACCGGCACCGACAAUGAACAAUCUACAAAUGAACCUUAUGAUCCACUUUUAAUUGAUAAAGUGGCAGAUAUCUUAAACGCAGUAAACUCCCAAUACCCAGGUUUAUUGGUACAACAAGACGUUGCUCCAUACUUAUUCAAACUCGUGGAAUUGAUAAAUAAAACCAAAUUAAGUGAUGAUAUGAGAAAUACCCAGCACAAGUUACUUGAUCUUGUCUCUAUUGAUGAUUUAAAUACCGACAAUCCGCUUUUGGAAUUAAAUUCCACUGUGUUUAUGAAAGACCUAUCGCUCUUUGAAUUGGCAUCUACCAUUCUGCAAAUUGACCUUAAGUUCUUUGCCCAAUGGAAUGCUGAGUUGGACAAAUCCAUUCUCUUACUCAAAGAUCGUCAACCGGACUUCAUUUACCGGAAGAACCCAUUAAUAUUCAACAAUGAUCAUCAUAUUCAUUAUCUUUCCCGGUUAGUGAUCCAACAUUUGUUUAUUGAACAAGGAAGCUGGGAAAAGAAGGCCCGUCUUUUGGAAAAAUGGAUUGAUUUGGGGUGUCUUUUGGAUAAAUUGGGUGAUAUGUCUGCUUGGAUAGGGUUAGCAUCAAUCAUAUUAUCCCAACCACUUCUUCGUUUAUCAAACCUUUGGAGUCAUGUUUCAUUGGACUACGUUAACCUAUUGAAAAACGAUUGGUCCCCUGUGUUAUUUGAGUUGGAUAGACGUUAUUUGAAGACAGAAAUUGAUGACGGAUAUCGUAUAAUGGCUCCAAGAGGAUUGGGGAAGUUGUAUUCAAAGGAAAACGUUAUACCUUAUUUUGGAGACUUGUUUGUACAAAGGAAGGACAAUUUACAAGAAUUGGCAAACAUAUGGAAACGAAUUCAAUAUUCAUUUUCAAGGUGGGAUGAUUAUUUAAGUAACAUCACCAAUCACCCUGAAAUUAUUCAUUAUAAUGAUGAUGUUUUGAGACGAUAUGAUGCUAUGGGAUUUAUCUUUUCCAAUGAAUCGUUAAAUCAAGUGCUCUAUUUGGGAACAGCAGAGGAUACGACUUUAAAUGCUUCGAAAUUCCAACAGAAGUUGGAUAGUAUACAAUCUUCACCACUUGGAGGAGCUUCCUCUUUGUCGCCGUCUUCUAAUGCCCGUACUGCCCAGACGAAUUUGAAUGGUACAUCUUCAAGUAAGACUUUGGAGGGGAAACUCUUAAGAUUGCUUGAAGUUAAUUGUGAACUGGUUAAUUUGGAACGCAUAAUGAAGCUUUCAUUGAGUCUAGACCCAGAUAUUACCGAAGCAUAUCUUAAGCCAAUUAUUAGUGCUCCGUACAUUGAGGGUAGCAGUACCCAAGAUCACGAUGGAAUUAAUGGCAAGCUGUCUGUCUAUAAAUCGAGGCAUUACGGUCAAUCCAGCGAAUCUGUUCCUGAUUCCAUCACUAGUCUAGCCACAAUAUCAGCUACGCCAGUUCUACCAUCUUCAUCGUUGCCCAAUUUUUCACAUGUUGGAUCAAAUUCUUCAACUGGGUUGUCUGCUACACCGAUUCUCAAUACUCCAAAUACAGCAAACAGCACAACCAGCAUAUUGAGUUCGUCACCUUAUGACAUCAAGAUCCCCACCUUCAACAACAACUACUUCACCAUCAACCUCAACAAAUACGACGAAUUGUCUACCAGCACUGCCCACCCUGUUCUAGACCCGAACACAAAGUUCACCAAUAAUAUCAGCUUCAAACCAGACAACUUUAUACUGGACGAUGCUGCUUCGUCUAAUGCCGGAGACACUUCUGAGGACAUAGCAGUGGGUGGCCCCGAUUUGGACGAGGAUGAUGGGCUAGGAAUCGAUGUGGAUGACAUCUUAAACUCUGAAAAGUUUACCAACUUCUGCAUAUCCGAUCGCCCUUUAAGUGCUGGAGACCAUAAUUCACUGCAACAGGCCACGGACCGGGACAUUCCUAAAUAUGCCACUAUUGAUAGACUUGUCGAUUUGCUAUUAAUUGACUCGAAGUACUUUGGAGAAGAUAUAACUGUGGAUUUGACUGAAUACAGAGUGGUCUUCUUGUUGAACUACAACUCGUUCAUUACCACCAAAGAUUUGUUGAACAAGUUGGCCCAUCGGUUUAUUAACUCUGGUAAUGCCGUGAUAUCGUUGACUAAGAGAAGUUGGUUGCUUAGCACUACCAACGAUCCUAAUUCAGUAUUAGAGAGCACAGAGUUCCCUAACUGGGAAUUAGAUCCAUCUGUUGACGUGGUGAAGUUAGGAGAAGUGGACUACAAGUUGUUGCUUAGAAUCCAGAUCAAUAUUUUGAAGACGCUAAUUGUAUUGAUCAACAAUUUCUACAGUUUCUUUAACUUGGAGUUGAGCAACAGAACCAUUCUUGUGAAGUUACUCAAGUUAUUCAGCAACGAGAUUUUACAAUGGUACAACUCCAACAAGUUGAAAGGUGAACUCGAACAGUUGUUUGAAAGCUUGGUGCAUUUCUAUAAGAAGUUGAAAAAGUUGUAUGUGAAGAAAACUUAUAGGCCAUUGGAGAUUUCCAAAUUUGAAAGGCAUUUAUUGACAGAAUAUCAAUUCAACAAUUCACUUCACGAAGUGCCGGUUAACAGGAACUUGCCUGGAAGUAAGAACAUCACCAAGAUUGAAAAGUUUAUCUUCAAGUUCAAUAAAAUGUUGACUGUGUUUUAUAAAGGUAUAAAGACUGAAGAAUGGUUCACGGUGUUCAAGAUAUUGGAGUCACAAUUUGAAAAUAAUCAACUUUUGGAGUACAACAUGCAGAAGACCAAUGUCCUGGAAGACAAGGUCAUUGUUCUGAACAUAUUCAAUUACUUUGAAAGCUUAUCUAAUCCAGAAAGUAAGGCAUUACUUGUUAGACGGUUUCCCUUGGUCCAUCGGAAGUUAUUUCACUUGUAUUAUAAAUUCAAGACGUAUUUGACUAUUCAAUUGUUGGACCCCACGAUCGCUCCGGAGGAAAGGAUCGACAGAAUGAAGACAUUGCUUAUCAUGGUCAAGUUAUCUCAGUUGAAGAUGAGUGAAUAUCUGUUUAUCAUGGAGGGAAUGUUCUCUCGUCGGAUCCCCUCGUACGUUGAGUCCGUGGUGGUGAAUACCAUUUACUCCCCGGAAUCAAGAAGUUAUGCUCAUUUAUGGAUCAAGGCCGCUUUGGAUUUGAAUAAAGAUAAUCUGGUGGUUAACUUCGACAGUAUUGAAUCAUUACUUCCCAAAGUGAUUAAAAGCAGUGAUCUUCAUAUUACAGACCCAUUAUUACCGUGCUUUGGUUGGAUUAUAGAGAAUCUUUUGGCCAUAAAUCGAUGUCCUUCAUUCUACAACUUUGCACCCAAUGUCAUCAACUUCAACAAGAGAUAUUUGGUGUAUAAGAUUAUCAAAGAAUUGGGUGUUGAAGACACCAGUACUCGGGAGUUCACUCCCAAUGAUUCUAAAGAGUUCGACUUUUUGCUAAGACUAGAUGAAUCAAUUCUCGAAUCCAUACCUCAAAGUUCUUCUAAAGCUGAAUCUACAGAUCGAACCAGACUAUUUAGAGGCAUUCUUAUGGAACAAUAUCGGAUUCUUUCCAUUGACAAUCGGAAAAAGUAUCAUGGUGAUAACACUGGCAACGGCAGCAAUAGUGUUCUGGUUCCAAUAACCUCAGGUCUUAAUAAGAAACCUUCGAAUCCAAGCUUCAAACGUCAAUCAUUUUCGUAUAAGACCAAUUCUUCAUCUACACGGUUCAAGUUCAGUGGCUUAUUCUCCAAGACCAGACCCUUUUCCAUCAAUGGAUCCCAACAGAAUGCUUCUACCAGUGGUGUUGGUUCAGUAAUUGGGGGUAGUGGUAACAGUAAGAGUAUCAGUGUACAGGAGUUGCCUCCAGCCAGCCAGUUUACUGAAGGUCGCCAGAAACCAUUGUAUGUAAUUGCCUUGAAGAACAGAAAAAUCUUCCCGGUUUACAUGGCGCCGGCCUCAUUCAAAGUCGACACCGAUACUUCAGGCGAGAACUACUUAUUCCAAGCUACCAGUGAAUCCGACUUCAAUGACUGGGUAGCAAGAUUGGCCCAUGCUAAUAGGCAUUGGUUCUAUUCCAAGACACUAACAGCCAAGAUUAACCACAACCAUGUCACGUUUGGUAUCCCCAUCAAUGUGGUGUGUCGACGGGAGAACCUGAUGACCCCUAGAAUCUUGGUGUCGUUAUUGGAACAGAUUGAAUACAUGGGACUUGAUGACGUGGGGAUCUACAGAAUCAGUUGUUCACUUUCUGAUUUAGCCAGUUUGAAGAGUCAAAUUGAUCUGACUGGAGAACUUGACUUUGUAAAUGGUGUUUAUGACGUCCAUGCACUCACCAGCAUUGUCAAGUCGUACUUAAGAGAAUUGCCUACGGCUUUGAUCACUGACCAAGUCAUUGAGGAGCUCUUUGCAAUUAGGAAUGGUACAGAGAUGGUGGAAGAUUCUGUAGCUGCUUAUCGUCUGGCAUUGGAGCUGCUACCAGACCAUAAUUAUCAAACUUUUAAGUUGCUCAUUGGACAUUUGAGGAAGGUGAGUGCUCUUUCCGAGGUUAACAAGAUGACUCCUUCCAACAUUGCAACAGUGAUAGGACCGGCGUUGACCGAGGCCAGUACGUUGGAUAGUUUGUUCAAUAACUUUGGGAUGAUGAACUCUAUUUUGGAGAGCCUUAUUCUUAACUAUGACGGGAUCUUUACUGUGGCCGAGAGUGGCAGUAAGAUCACACACGAUGGCGAUGAUGAUGAUGCUGAUGAUGAGAGUCAAGAGCAUGAUACUAUCCAUGAGUUAGAAUCAGAUGAGAAGCCUGAACCGGUACCGGCUCCGGAACAGGAAGAUGAUCUUGAAUAUGAUAAAGGUACCGAAGUACGACACCAUAAAGACAUUGAUCCUGAUGCUGAAAAUGAAGUUAGCGUUGAUGCUGAUGAUGAAGAUACCCCAGUGAAACUAGAUGAAGAGAAGGACAAACAGUUAUAG